UGUUUAUCUAUAGCAACAUAACCUCUACAACCAACAACGCCUGCGGCUUGCUUCUUGUAAUCGUGGUGUUCGACCGGCGUCUCCCUGUCUUUUGCCCCGAAAUUCUAUUUUAAUUUGUUCGUGACAAACGAAAUUCUGCCUCUUCAACCAUUUAGUAAAUCCAAUGGCAAAGCAUCAUCCUGAUCUAAUUUUUUGCAGGAAGCAACCUGGUGUUGCUAUUGGCAGAUUGUGUGAAAAAUGCGAUGGAAAGUGUGUAAUUUGUGACUCCUAUGUCCGGCCGUGCACGUUAGUCCGUAUUUGUGAUGAAUGUAACUAUGGUUCCUAUCAAGGUAGAUGCGUAAUCUGUGGUGGUCCUGGAGUAUCUGAUGCAUAUUAUUGUAAAGAAUGCACAAUACAAGAAAAAGAUAGAGAUGGAUGUCCUAAAAUCGUCAACCUUGGCAGUUCAAAGACAGAUCUUUUCUACGAGCGGAAAAAGUAUGGAUUCAAGAAAAGAUGAAGAUCUUUCUGCAUUUAUUUCACCGAUUGUAUAUAUUUUUCAUUCAAUGAUGAUAUCAUGAGCUGCGUCUCAACUAUUCAUCUUAAUUUUAUUCGUGAUGGUUUUUAAAUUUUGUACAGAUUUCUAGAUAUAAUGAAGAAAGAUUGGAUCAAUUAAAA